AUGGCUGGCCUCUGGCGCGGCAUCAGCCGCGCAGAUAGGCCCUGUAGAGGCACAGCGUAUUUCGCUGCCUUCUUAGGGCCCUCUUUCAGCAUAAACGGCUGCAGCAGCUGCAGAUUCGGCUACAACACGACCAGCUUCAGCUGCGGCGUCGGCAGCAGCUUCAGCUGUACUUUCUUAAUACCCUGCAGCUACGUGCGUUUCCGUCUGCAAGCAACACAAAGCCAGGGGCCAAUCCGGGCUCCUCAAUGCCGCGCCAAACCCCAACUUGUUGAUGCAUUCCAUGGCCGACCAGGCUGCUGGCGGCAGUUGGAUGCAGCACCCAACGGAACUAGGGACAAUCACAGCACCAGCAACUUAGGCAGCAGAAGAAGCAGCAAGGGGACUGAUAGCAGAAGCAACAUCAUUAGACACAGCAUCAAGGGAAGCAUCCGCGGUCACAGUAGCAUCAGCAGCGGUGGCGGGAACCAUGUAGUUCGCGUGCCUUCUUUGGGGGAUUCCAUAACUGAAGGUACUGUUUCGAAGUGGCUGGUAGGAGAGGGUUCUGUGGUGAAUGCAGAGGACGUGUUGUGCUUGCUGGAAACAGACAAGGUUUCAGUCGAAAUAACGGCAAAAGUUGCAGGCAAAGUCGUGAAUAUAACAGCCGCCGUAGGCAAUAACGUUCUGGUGGGCGGAGAGCUCGCCUUGAUUGAGCCUUUGUCCCCUGGAGAAGCUGCUGCUGCUGAUGCAGAUGGUACUACUGCUGCUGCUCCGGGAGUUGCAGUAGCACCUGUACAAGCGCCACAAGCAGGCGCAGGCGAUGCGGCUGCUGAGGCCCCCACUCUGCAGCGGCGUACCCCCACCAUUCUCUUUAGGAGUGUUCGCAACAGACUGGAGCGCCUCGGUCUCCUUCCGCAUCCGAAGCAAUCGCAGCCACAACCGCAGCAGGCACAGCAGCACCUGCUCCUGCAACAGCAGCAGCAGCGGAAGCCUCAAGGGGAAGCCAGUAGCAGCAGCUGCAUUCAGCAUGCACCCUCAACUGCAGUAGACUCACAUGUGACAGUCAUUAGGUACGCCGCAAUGGAAGACCUGCCACCCUGUCUGCAGCGGCCAAAGCUCAGCGCAGAGGAGGUGCAGGUGAUAAAUGAAGGGGGCCUAGCAAAUGCAGACAACGCAGUGCGUGCUUGGACUGUAUCUCUUUGCUUUAGCCCGCGAAACCCAGAACCUGCUGCUGUGGCUGCUGCAAGCGCCAAAGGAACCAAAAAGGGGCCCCCCUCGUGA